AUGCGGGCAUACUACUUCGACAACGUCCCUUGCGACCAGCGACUCGCGCACGAGCCCGUCCCCAGCCGCCCGGUGUCCGCCGACACUCUGGCACAGAUGGGCGUGCUGACGUGGCACAUCCCCGUCGCUGGCUAUGAAGACAAGGUCGAUGAGGUUGCGCGGGAGCGGGGUUACAAGAACAGGGACACGAUUAACGUGUCGAGGGAGGGCAUGGGCGAGGCCUACGAGGCGAAGAUUAGGGGGUUCUUCGAAGAACACAUGCACGAGGACGAAGAGAUCCGAUACAUACUGAGCGGGAGCGGCUUCUUCGAUGUCCGCGAAACACCGUCUGACGCUUGGAUUCGGGUGGCUGUUCAGCCCGGCGACCUACUUGUCCUGCCUGCUGGCAUCUACCAUCGCUUUACUCUGGACGAGCGGGACAACAUCAAGGCCCUGCGGCUAUUCCAAGACGAGCCAAAGUGGAUUCCCCACGCGCGAAGCAGUGCGACUGAUAUCAACGACCAUCGCGUGGGCUACCUGCGAGCCAUAGGAGUCGGCGCUUGA